AUGACAUGGGGAUGGCGUAAACUCCUUGCUAAUCGGAGCCUCAUCCGUCCUUUCAUGUGGAAAACUAUAGGGAAUGGUGCUGAAACUAAUGCUUGGAGUGAUACCUGGAGCAACGUGGGUCCUCUUCGUGCUUUUAUUACUCCUAGACUUAUCGCUAAUGCAGGCUUCAGCUUGCAAUCGUCUAUAGCUGAUCUGGUGUCUCAAGAUGGGCAGUGGUGUUGGCCGACUGCUUGGUUUAACCUGUUUCCAGUCUUAAUUAACCUGGUGGUUCCUACUUUAUGUGACAAUUCUCGAGAUCGGUUGGUUUGGAAAGACUUGGAAGGGAACAACCGUCCAUUUUCUUCUUGGGAGGUUUGGAAUAAUAUCCGGCAUCAUGCAAGUAAAGUGCAAUGGGGGAAUAUGGUUUGCUUUAAACAAUGCAUUCCUAGACAUGCGUUCCAUGUAUGGCUAGUUAUUCAAAACAAAUUGAAGACACAGGACCGGCUCUCUGUUUGGGAAGCGGGAAGUGAAACUAAUUUGAACCUAAUGUGCUGCCCUUUAUGCUGUUACAACAGAGAUUUGAGAGACCAUCUCUUUUUUGAAUGCUCUUUUGCUACGCAGGUUUGGAACAAUGUUAGGUGUCUCACCAAUAUGGAAGAUGUUAAUGGAAGCUGGAACGAUAUUAUGGCUUGGAUAAAUCACAAUUCGUCCUUACAGAAGCCUGACAAUGUUGUUAGUCGGUUGGUGGUUGCGGCUGCUACCUACUUUAUAUGGCAAGAACGUAACAGCAGGUUGUUUUCUCGGAACCAUCGUACGGCUAUGGUAGUGUCUCAGGAGAUUAUCAAUACUGUUCGGCUGCGGCUUAUCUCUCUCAAGUUUAAACGAAGAUUUGAUAAUGGGAGCUUGGUGGAAAAGUGGAAGAUUCCUAGAAACAAUUUAGAGAUUGAUCCCGGCUAG